AGCCAGCAGCAGCAGGACGUAGUGCCGAGUGCAGAGUCGCUCCAACACCCGGGAGACAUGGACAGCUGCGGGGGAAAGGCUCGGAUUCUGCCACCGAACGGACUUUUAACCUCUCUUCUCGUCCUCCUCGGACUUGCCUGUGUGAGCAGCAACCAGGUGGUGGUUCAGGACAAAGUUAAUGCGGUGCUGGGGAAGGAUAUUACACUUACCUGCAGAAUAGACUUGGGCCCAAACCUCAACCUCACACAGAGCUCCUGGGAACGUCACCUCCCAUCUGGAACCAUCACUCUGGCUGUGUUCAACCCAGAAUAUGGAAUUUCCAUUUCUUCAGACUACGCAAAACGCAUCUCCUUCGUAUCGCCGUCCAUACGCGAUGCCACCAUAACUCUCACAGGAGUCGGCUUCCAAGAUAUCGGCUCUUACACCUGCAAAGUAGCGACCUUUCCUCUUGGAAACACCCAAGAGUCCACCUACGUUAACGUGUUUGUGGAGCCAAAGGUGUAUGUAUCCGCCGGCCCCUCGGCUCUGUUGGAUGGAGGAAACGAGUCCCUUGUGGCCACAUGCAUAGCAGAGCGAGGGCGACCCGUCGCUGAGGUUUUCUGGGAGACUGAGCUGUAUGGGAGAAGUGAGAAGCAAAGUCAGGACGAAUCCAACGGCACCACCAGCGUUCAAGUCAGCUACAUGUGGCAGCCACAGAGCUACGCCCAAGGGAAAACCCUCACCUGUGUGGUGCGCCAUCCAGCCCUGCUGACGGAAUUCCGUAUCCCGUACACACUAAAUAUUCAAUUUGCACCUAUCGUUUCGAUAGCAGGAAUCGAGGCCAACUGGUACGUGGGUCAAAGAAACGUGAAGUUCAUCUGUGAUGCCAGAGCAAAUCCACCUGCACGACAGUUCUCAUGGGUCAGGUUGGACGGGGUGAUGCCCAAGGGGGUCGAGAUCUCAAACAACAGCUUUGCUUUCACACGGCCGCUGGAGCGCAAUGACUCUGGAGUGUACCGCUGUGAAGUGACAAAUGACAUCGGCCUCCGCACUCAAGACGUUAACCUCUGGGUACAAGAUCCUCCCCCAACUACAACCUCCCCUAGCACCACUGCACCACCCCGCCAUGGCACCGCAGGAUCCGGCACCGCUGUGGACCAGCAGCAAGCCCUGUUCACUUCUCCAACCCUGGCCUCCCUGCCCGACAGCAGUCUGGCCACUAUCAUCGGCGGUGCCGUCGGCGGCGUGCUCAUCUUGAUCCUCCUGCUCAUACUUGCUGGGUUCUGCUUCAUGCGCCAGCGUAGAACCUUCCGGGGCGACUACUACACCAAGCAGUACCUGGGACCGUCUGACAUGCAGAAGGAAGCUCAGUUGGACGUUCUGCAGCCGCACGAGCUGCAGGAGGUUUAUGGUGACAAGAUAAGCAAAGGGAGCCAAGAGCUGAAACCCAAGCUGGGCGGAGACAUCAUCUACCCGGACUACACCCCCGAAAUCAAGGACAGAGACGAGUGGGCCGACGGGGGGGACAACCACAGGGGCAUCAAGGAGGGAAACUACUACCCCGACCACUACAACAACCAAAACAUGCACCCGUGUGGGCCCCCAGUGCACAGCACCAUGGUUUCCAACGGCUCUCCGUACAUGCCGGAGGACUGCUAUGACAAUGGCACUGACAGCGACUACGUGUCCCACAUGGACGGGUCAGUGAUCUCGCGCAGGGAGUGGUAUGUUUGAGGAAGGAGGCUGAGACUAAACUUGCAACGUCGAGUCGUUUUCAUUUCAAGGACAAAAGCUCAGCUCGGUUUCACAAAGAGCACUGUGAAGGAAACGACUCGGCCUUGACUGUAACCACUUCACCUUACGGACGCAUUUGUGUAUACUGUUACACUUUGUAGUCUCCUCGCAAGGCUGCAGGAACACUGGAGACCACACGGUUGGCGUGGGCUCCACCAGGCUUCAGUGGAGUUUAAGGUUUUAUAUUCCGCUUGUAAGUGUGUGCGCACCUGUCCCCAGUGCAGGUCACAGGUCACACGUUCAGACCCUUGUUAGUCGAGUAUUUAAAUCCUGGCCCCAUAAAGCACCACAUAGCUGUUUUAAAACCGUCUCCUGAUUGUUUUUCUCCACAUGGGCAUCAGUCACUGUCGCAGUUCUCCAAACCAGUUUGCAUGAUCAAUACACGUUAAAGGGAAUGUGAGUUUAAAGGGAGCGUUACCGUGAUGAAGCGUCCUUAACUUCCCUCUAGAGAGCUCUAACUUCAGUGUGGGCUUCUGUCAUAUAUGUGUGGCUGGUGUUCUGACCUUGGGCUGCAGAGCAUCACAACCAGGAAAUGUAAGAUCACUGUGUUGUUCAGUGUACAGAUGACUCUCAGAGGAGCCACAGGCUCGAGGGGGGCAUGAGGGCAAAUGGGGCGCGGUGUGUCGAUUAGGAGACCGGUUAAGCAUGUUGUAGGCUUGCAACAGUCCUCCUGAAGCGGAGGAGUGGCGACUCCUGCGAGUGACAGCGAGGUAGCACUGUCAUUGCUCUUGGAAGAUCUCAUUGUAGGGGUUCAAAUCUCCAGCAUCGGGGGACCCUGUGCUGCUGAAUUGCCCGUGAAAACCUUCAACUGUGAGCUUGUCCGCUCAUGCUUCUGCAACAUGGCCGAUCGUAUUGAAACAUUCUGAAAUCGUCGGGUUCCCGAGAACAUCCUGAAACUUAACUCAUCUGCUAUAACCUUUAGCAAUUUUAGCAUUGCGGCUAAUGCUAAGGAAUGUAAAAACAAAUUUCAACAUUUAAUUGCAACCGUUACAAUGUUAAAUUGUAUGUAAAUCAUUUCCAGUGAGAACAUAUUUCAGUCCUUUAGUGUAUAUUAUUGUUGUCGUCCCACUUUCCAAUAUGUUGCUAGCACGGCUAAUCAUUAGCAAACAAAUAUUUGUAUGACUUUUUAAAUCCAUAUUGUGAAGGAUGCUAGCCAACAGCAAUCACUGAUUUAAAAAAUAUUCUGUUUUCUGCCACCGAAUGUCUUGUUUUCUUUUUCAUCCUUUCUGUUUUCAUUGCGUGCCUUGUCUUUUCUUUUCAUUUUUAAAUGCUACCUAUUAGCAUCCCCGCAACGUUGAAUCCAGAUUGCAGAUUUUAGAUUGCUCACUGCAUUGUUAGUCCCAAUUAGAUGGUGCAUCGUGAACAAGCUGGAUGUUAGCGUUUGAUUCCGACACAAAAUCCAGAUUCAGAAGUGCCAAAUUUCGUCCAGAUUUAACAAUGUGUUAACGUUGAUUCGUGACAUUGCGCAGCCCUGGUUCUGAGCAUUAAUAUCGCCCGCUUGUUGUGUCACAGUGUCGGAUGAACAACUCUGUAUUAACAGCUGUCUGGCACUUAAAAGCAGCCAAACUCCGCUUCACUCCUCACCGCCUUCCCCGUGAUAACAGGCUGCGUCCAGCCCGCAUUUUUCUGUCUGGAACCCCAAUUCAUCAUUAUCUUUUUUUUUUCUUUUAUAAUCCAAACGCACGAUCAAAGCCUAUGGUUAUAAAUACCAGAUGUGGCGAUCACAGCUGUCAUCGUGUGAAGUUGUGCGGCUCCGUGACGCGCCAAGCAGUCAUGACUCAUACCGGUAAAUAAAAUAAGUGAAAUAUUUGUUGACGGAGUCGCACUGGGGCUCAUGUGUUCCGUGAUCGUUCGACAGGCUCACAACACGCUUGGAAACUCUGGAGCCCACGUCACCACUGAUCUCAGAACGGUCUGGGUUCGACUCCUGGAGGAUCAGCACCGAUCAUGGAAACUUGAAAUUUAAUCCACGGCUUAGAAAAAAAACGCUGUAACGGUUCCCGGAGGGAUUUCUAUAUAUUUCUCUCUGUUCCUACAAACAACAAACCCGAGCUUGACAUCACCAGUGAUCUCAUCUUUCCCUGAGCUUUUCCACCGUGAUACAGGAUCAAAGUGGCCUCAGUAGGUUCACAUAAAAAUGUCCUUGUUUAGUGAAAGUAAAAGACCCUAAUUGUGCGCGAGAGAGCGCUGGGUGGGGUGUGUUCUAGGCCUCUCUGUCUUGUUGGGGGUUUUAUAGAUGGUGGUUUUGCUCUCUUUAUGUUCACCCUUCUCCACCCUCGCGCACGACCGUGCCAGGAUUUGGUGUUUAGAAGUCUGAGAAUAAACUACUUUAAUCUCGCCAGCUCGCUCCCGCGGUCACACUUGUACAUCUGUAGCUCGCAGCAAGACGCCAGUCCUCAGCUGGACUCCACUCCUUAUUCAUUUCCUUGCUAUUCACUUUUGGAAACAAGCACUGAUCUGUUGCUCGCCGAUGACCACAGAUGCAUUUCAUUCGAACAUGAUUCAUCAGUUCAUGUCCGAGCUUAUUUACAACCUUGUCAGUAUUCCUUGUUCGUUUAAAUAAUUAUCUGGCUACCUGUUAGCACCCAUGUUUUGUUUUGACCGUCCCUGGCUUGGUGUGUUCCUGACAUCUUCCUCUGUCGAUCUUCACUUUUAUUUCACUUCGCCAUCGUUAGUUGCUAACCGCUAGUGUCAUUAGCAUGAACUUCUAUUACCUAUGUUUUUGCCUCUUGAUCUUGAUUCUUUCGGUCGCAAAGAAACAAAUCAUUUUUCUGAAAGUUAAGUUUUAUUUAUUUAUUUAUUUUUUGUGUAUGCAGUGUUGCUCAUGAUGCUAACCAUUAGCAACUGCUAACUGUCUUUCUGAUCGGUCCAGUUUUUAUCACACAUUUGGUUGGUCUGCUACGUUACCACAAUCCUGAAAAUCGUUUCUCAGUGGAAUAUACACAUUCAUUUAAUAUAAUUUAUAUUCAGUAAGCUUGUACCGCAUGUGAAUGUGCCGUACAAACAUUUAAUGUUGAUGAGUCAGCUAAAGUAUUGAAGUUGAGCAGAAACGCAGAGCGACAGUUUUAGAAGCCACAGUGAGGUUUGUCUUUGGACUCGUGAACUACAAAUAAGAUUGUUGCUAAAGGUUAGCAUCAUGAGCAAUACAUUGGAUCAAAGAAAAAAUCUUGCCUGUUAUUACAGUGACACUAUGGAACGAAAUCCUAUUUGGUUUGAGCAACGCUAAAAGUGUAAUGUCAGGGUGUUGUAAAUACGUUUUACAUAAUUUCUGAGGCAUCACAGUGCUUUAUAUUUCCCAUCAUUUUCUUGCCAAUAGCUUUUUCACCUCAAAUCAUUUCUCAUGAAUAAAUGAUCAGACUGAGGUCAGGACUGUUUCCGGGGCACUGUAUGAGCUUUACAGGGUGAAUUGCUUCCUUUAAGUUGGGACUUGUGUUGCUGUGGGCGGAUAUCCAAAUUUUAACCAUUGACCUGUCCUGGAGAUUGAAACUGUUGAAAUGGUUCAACCAAUGCUGGGCGCCCGACUCUCUUUGCUGAGCUAACAAAAAACAACUCAUGAACUCAACUCGCUCAUGGCUACAGUAGAGGUAUUUGUCAAUACGCUAAAUAUAAACUGAGAUGUUCUGAAAUCUGUGAGAAAGUGGCUGAAACUUGGUUCGUGUCCAAUCAGGGUGCAGUAUUUCGCAACAAACAGCAGUGUUAUGAGUUUCACAUAAUGUUUGGGAGUCCCAUUUAAAUCCAUUUAUUCGUCACAAAACAAACUGCUGUGUCCUUUGCUAAAAAGUGAUGAAAGUUCCCUCUGUCAAGAUAAGUUAUUUGCUGCCAACGUCACUCAUGUUUAUAUACAUGUACAUAGUGCUAAUAGGUUAGCAUGGCUAGGCUGUCGUUUAAUUCAUGUACAGUUUUUUUUUUUCUUUCUUUUUUUUUUUUUUCCUUUUUUGAGUCCAAUACUGGAGAGUCGGUGCCUUAGACGGGCUGCACAGGUGCGAGGUGUGUGACUAGAAAUGGUGGACUGGCCCUUUAAAUGAGUCUUCCAUUGAUAUUUAAGAUGACUGACUAAAGGUUGAUGUCACGCCUUACACACUCUGACACAUGUAACAAGUUAGUUACUGAGGAAUUCCUUUGAGCCAGGCGGAAAGAAAAUAUUGUUUUCCUGUAAAUACGCUGGCUUUUGUGUUUUUGUAUUUCAUUGAGAUUUUCUACUGCGACAUUUGUUUCACUGCAUUUCAGUUCCUGACCAAUGAUUUUGUACGCUGUAAUGAGUGAUGUCCCGGAGACGGAGGUUUGCUCGAUUGUAGUUUGUUUCUUUGCAAUAAAGACAUUGCACUCACCAACCUGGAAUU